UCAUUGUACUGUCACAUCACCAAGGUAACAUAUUGCAAUUGUUGAACAUGACCGCAGCCAUGUACAGCGUUUUACUGUUAGUUACAGUGUUAGUUCUACAACCUAUAGCCGGGCUUAGUGAAGAUAAGCCCGUGGAUUCCGUGUUGGAGCACGAGCACGCAGAUCUCGACUAUGGUUCCACAGAUAUGACGCCUGAUUCCAAGAAGAAAAAGUAUCCCGUAAAACCACCCGCUAUGUCUCAAAAAGUCAACAAAGAUGAGGCUGUUAUCGACAGGCAGUUGACAAGAAAUGAAGGGAUGCUCAUUGACCUGCGUGGCCGCCCAGAGCAAGCCAGUAACCACCAGAUUGAUCCAGAAGCUGGUGUUAACAUGCAGAUGACCAAAAUCGAAGAACUCCUUAUGGAAAUGGCGGCUCCACGACCCAGGGUGAACCGGAUAGGUGCACAACCCAGGGUGAACCAGAUAGCUACUACAACUACUAUUACAAAGAGACCGGAAACCAUUGAGGAUAUAUUCAAACUACCCGUGAAAACACAGGCCAUCCUAUUGAUUUGUCUCUCAGCUUCUACCAGCCUGAUCCUGCUAGGAUUAGUAAUUUGGCGGCUUGUUAUAUUGCACAGGACAGUCACUUUUCAUUACCUUGUUUUGGCUUCGUAAACAAUAAAUUAUUUCUUACCGCAAGUUGGAAUCCAUAUUUCGUAAAGGUACAAUUUUUUAAUAUUAUGAUUUUCUUCACACAUUCAGGUGCAUUAAGGUCGACGAC